AUGAAUUUCUUGGCGGCGGCCACGCGCUCGAGGGUGACGCUCGAAACCACCUGUUCUCGAUCGUCCUCGAUUUCUUCUUCCAUCUCCAUCUCGUUACCAUUGGCCGCCGGCAAGGCGUUCUGCUCCGCCAUGACUUUUGUGAAUUUUCCCCUGUUUGAUCAUGUUGCAGCCAAUACAGUCUUUGCUGGAAAUUUUCUUGCAUGCAUUCUGGUGAUGGCCCCCAACAGUGAGGAGGCAGCGACCAUGGCCGGGGAACUCCUCCCCUGCAUCUGCAUCGUCUUCUUCAUCUUCUUCAUCAGCCCAACAAGCCGCCCUGGACCCAUCAACCUGCAGCCGAAUGAUAUCGACCGGGUUGGGAUCCUUAACUGGGCCGACAUCUACGGUGGGGGAUAUUUUUGGGAAAAGCUGAAACUCCUCGCGUUGGGUAUCGGGAUCGUGAACAAUAAGAACCCUAAUCUGUUUGGAGAUCUGCUCGCAAUUGGCCAGAACAAGAGUAGCAACAAUGCCUCUCUAAAAAGCUUUGGUAAUGCUGCAAGCCAGAACACGUUCCAAAUGGGAUAUAUGGCCAAACAUUUUAAAAAACUGGUAAUUCAAGUAAUGAUGGCAAAACAUGGGGAUCUAAUAAAUAUGGGUUGGAAUUAUAACAAAAGUUCAAGUAAUAUUGUUGGAAAUGUGGGUUGGAAUUAUAAUAAAAGCCCAAGUCUUGGUGGUGUAAGUGUGAAUUUGGGUGGGAACAACACUAUAAACCCGAAUCUUGAAUUUUCUUUAGUUGUUGCAGUUGAGGGAGAAGCUCCAGUGGGGGAGAGUGAACAAGUGAUACAGCUUACCAGAGGUGAGCUGGACCAGAUCAUCGGGGAGGUGAUUGGUAGGUUAGGGGUGUCUCAUCCUCAUCCGGUGGUGGAGCAGCUAGCAGCGGCGGUGGACCAAUCUAUUGCAUGGGCGAAACAUCCUACUUCUGUGGUGGAGCAACACGUUCUGAUGAACUCUAAGUAG